AUGUCUCUGAAAUUUUACCUUUUACCUAUUUUUAAGGUUGGCGUCCUCGAUAUUGACAUUUGUGGACCUUCCCAAGCUCGAAUGUUUGGCUGUGAGAAUGAAAGCGUUCAUAGCAGUGAAGAAGGAUGGGCACCCGUUUUCGUGAAAGACAAUCUUUUUGUGAUGAGUAUUUCUUUUUUGGUUGAAUCGAGGAAUGAUGCGAUUAUUUGGCGUGGUCCUCGCAAAAAUGCCUUAAUUAAACAAUUCCUUCGUGAUGUUGAUUGGGGUAAUGUAGACUUUCUUUUAAUUGAUACUCCGCCUGGAACUUCUGAUGAACACAUUUCUGUUGUCCAACUUCUCUUGCAGUCAUCACAACUUGAUGGAGCGUUAAUUGUCACAACACCACAAGAAAUUUCUUUACUGGAUGUUCGGAAAGAGGUCAAUUUUUGUAUCAAAACAAAGGUUCCAAUUCUUGGUGUUAUCGAGAACAUGGCAGAAUUUAUUUGUCCAAAUUGCUGCACACAUUCGCAGCUUUUUCCUUCAACAACUGGUGGUGCUUUGGGAAUGUGUAAAGAACUGGGUGAAGGUUUGGAAUUGCUGGCUUCUUUACCAUUAGACCCAAAACUUGGCAAAAGCUUGGAUAUGGGGAAUGCUGGAAAGUUUUUUGAAAAAUUGGAAGAUUCUGUUAUUGUUCACAAAGAAUUUAAAAAACUUGCUGAAACAAUUUUGAAAAAAUGUGAAAAUGAAGAAGUGAAAGAAGGAAAUGAAAAGUUGGAAGAAAAUGGGACAGGAAAAUUGAUCGAAUAA